GUCACUGUGCACGAGGGCAGAGCCCAAUCACACUGGUUGGCCUUUCUUUAACACUAAAUUUGAAGUUAAAAAGAUAAAUAUAGAUUUCCUCAGCUACUGGACGACGUCUCGCCUCAUAACUUAACGCUGAGCUAACAUGGCAACAAUCCUGUUGGCUCACAGCGUUGUUAAAUCUCUCAGACAUGGACGCAUGCUUGGCAGAAAGUUUGGGAACACGUCGGAAUGGCUGCACCAAACCGCAAAACUUUUUACUGCGAAGGCUCAGACAGCCCACCUGGUCUUGGAGGAUGGCACCAGGAUGAAAGGCUUUUCCUUCGGCCACAAAGCCUCUGUUGCUGGGGAACUGGUCUUUAACACUGGCCUGGUGGGGUACCCAGAGGCCCUAACUGACCCCAGCUAUAGAGGUCAAAUCCUCACCCUGACAUACCCGAUUGUUGGGAACUACGGGGUACCCAACACCCAGGAGCAGGAUGAGCUGGGCCUGAGAAAACAUGUGGAGUCAGAGAGAAUCCAGGUUUCUGGUCUUCUGGUACAGGACUACAGUCAUGAGUACAGCCACUGGAACUCUGUCAAGUCAUUGGGUCAAUGGCUGCACGAAGAGAAGGUCCCAGCACUAUUUGGAAUAGAUACCAGAAUGUUGACCAAGAUCAUCAGAGAUAAGGGCACAGUUUUGGGGAAGAUCGAAUUUGAUGGCCAGCCUGUGGAGAUAUCUGACCCCAACAAGGAAAACCUUGUAGCGGAAGUUUCGACAAAGGAAAUCAAAGUUUUUGGAAAAGGCAACCCUAUCAAAGUGGUAGCUGUUGACUGUGGUAUCAAGCACAAUAUAAUUCGGCUGCUGGUCAAGAGAGGUGCAGAGGUCCACCUGGUGCCAUGGGACCAGGACCUCAUGAGUUUAGACUAUGAUGGCCUUUUCAUCUCAAACGGACCAGGAGAUCCAUCUUUGGCCAAGACACUUGUCCACAACGUGCGCAAGGUGUUGGAGAGUGAUCGUCCACAGCCAGUGUUUGGGAUUUGUAUGGGCAACCAGAUUACUGCCCUAGCUGCAGGAGCAAAGUCAUACAAGCUACCUAUGGGUAACAGAGGUCAGAAUCAGCCGGUGCUGAAUGUGAUGACAGGCCAGGCCUUCAUUACAGCCCAAAACCAUGGCUAUGGAAUAGACAGCAAAUCCCUUCCGCAAGGCUGGAGCCCACUUUUCAUCAAUGCAAAUGAUGGCACGAAUGAGGGCAUCAUGCACAACAGUAAGCCUGUCUUCACGGCCCAGUUCCAUCCGGAGGCUAAAGGGGGUCCCACUGACACAGAGUUUCUCUUUGAUGCUUUCCUAUCACUGAUCAAGGGAGGAAAGGAUACCAACAUUGUCUCAGUAAUGCCCACGAAACCCAGCAUCCCUCCCAGAGCACAGGUGUCAAAGGUCCUGUUACUGGGGUCUGGUGGUCUUUCUAUUGGUCAAGCUGGAGAAUUUGACUACUCUGGAUCUCAGGCCAUCAAGGCCAUGAAGGAGGAAAACCUUAAGACGGUACUUAUGAACCCAAACAUAGCCUCUGUUCAGACCAACGAAGUGGGGUCUAAGCAAGCCGAUGCAGUCUACUUCCUGCCUGUCACACCAGAAUUUGUGUCAGAAGUCAUUAAAGCUGAGCGUCCAGAUGGUAUCCUGCUUUCUAUGGGUGGACAGACUGCCCUCAACUGUGGGGUAGAAUUGUUCCAGAGUGGCGUCUUGGAGCAGUAUGGGGUUAAAGUUCUUGGAACCCCAGUAGAGUCCAUCAUUGCCACAGAGGACAGGCAGCUUUUUGCCAACAAACUGAUGGAAAUCAAUGAGAAGAUUGCACCCAGUAUUGCUGUGCAGUCGGUGUCUGAUGCUUUGAAAGCUGCAGAACAGAUUGGCUACCCUGUGAUGCUGCGAUCGGCUUAUGCUCUGGGUGGUCUGGGCUCCGGUCUGUGUGCUAACAGAGAAAAGCUAGAGGACACGGCUCAUAAGGCGCUGGCCAUGAGCAGUCAGAUUCUGGUGGAGAAGUCUUUGAUGGGCUGGAAGGAGGUAGAAUAUGAGGUUGUGAGAGACGUGGCUGAUAACUGCGUAACUGUGUGCAACAUGGAGAACUUUGAUGCACUUGGCAUUCACACAGGUGACUCCAUAGUGGUGGCACCAAGCCAGACUCUCUCCAAUGAGGAGUAUCACAUGCUCCGUGAGACUGCUAUCAAAGUGGUGCGCCACCUAGGAAUUGUGGGCGAAUGCAACAUUCAGUAUGCCUUGCACCCAUCAUCCCUUGAGUACUGCAUCAUCGAGGUGAACGCCAGGCUCUCAAGAAGCUCAGCUCUGGCGUCCAAAGCUACUGGGUACCCGCUGGCAUUUGUAGCAGCUAAGUUAGCUCUGGGAAUCCCCCUGCCAGACAUCAAGAACGCUGUGUCAGAGAAGACCACAGCCUGCUUUGAGCCCAGUUUAGACUACAUCGUCACCAAGAUUCCCCGCUGGGAUCUUGACCGCUUUCAAGGCAUGUCCCGGGAAAUAGGCAGCGCCAUGAAGAGUGUUGGUGAGGUGAUGGCAGUAGGCCGAACCUUUGAGGAGAGCAUGCAGAAGGCCUUGAGGAUGUGUCAUCCCUCUGUGGACGGCUUUGUUCCACGGUUGCCGCUCAAGAAAGCCUGGGCCGACACACAGGACCUACAACAGGAGCUCGCUGUGCCCUCAAGCACCCGCAUUUUCUCCCUUGCCAAGGCUCUCCAUAAGGGUAUGAGCGUUGACCAGAUCCAUCAGCUGACGGCUAUAGACAAGUGGUUCCUCCACAAACUCCGCAGGAUAACACAACUGGAGCACCACCUUGGAAACUACAAUGGUGGAACAGUACCCAAGGAUCUGCUGCUAAACCUCAAGCAGGAUGGCUUCUCUGACCAGCAGGUUGGUCAGAUUAUUGGCUGCAAUGAGAAAACAGCCAGAGAGAUGAGGCUUAAUUUUGGCAUCAGACCCUGGGUUAAACAGAUUGAUACCUUGGCAGCAGAGUACCCUGCAAUGACCAACUACCUGUACUGUACUUAUCAUGGUCAGGAGCAUGAUGUAGAUUUCAAAGACCAAGGAAUUAUGGUUCUUGGUUGUGGACCUUACCACAUUGGUAGCAGCGUUGAGUUUGACUGGUGUGCUGUGUCCAGCAUCAGAGCCUUAAGACAAAUGGGAAAGAAGACAGUGGUAGUCAACCACAACCCUGAGACAGUCAGCACCGACUUUGAUGAGUGUGACCGCCUUUACUUUGAGGAGUUAACCUUGGAGCGCAUCCUUGAUAUAACACAACAGGAGGGUUGCUCAGGUAGCAUUGUGUCUGUGGGAGGCCAGAUUCCCAACAACUUGGCCAUCCCGUUGCAUGUCAAUGGGGUUAAGAUUCUGGGAACGAGUCCCCUGCAGAUUGACCGUGCUGAAGAACGCUCUGUCUUCUCCAGCAUCCUGGAUGAUCUGGAUGUGGUUCAAGCCCCAUGGAGAGCGCUUAGCUCCUUGGAAGAUGCCUUUGCAUUUGCUAACCAGGUGGGAUAUCCCUGUCUACUGCGACCCUCAUAUGUUCUCAGCGGUUCGGCAAUGAACGUUGUGUAUGGAGACGAGGAGAUGAAGCGCUUCUUGGAGGAGGCUGCACAGGUGUCCCAGGAGCAUCCAGUGGUCAUCACCAAGUUCAUACGUGGAGCCAGGGAGGUAGAGGUGGACGCGGUGGCUAAGAAUGGCAAGGUUCUUGUUCAUGCCAUAACAGAGCACGUGGAAGAUGCAGGCGUACACUCGGGGGAUGCCACCUUAAUACUUCCAACACAAACCAUAAGCCAAGGAGCUCUAGAAAAGGUGAAAAUUGCCACCCGGAAAAUUGCACAAGCAUUUGAAAUUUCGGGACCUUUUAACACUCAAUUUCUGGUUAAAGGCAAUGAUGUCAUGGUGAUAGAGUGCAAUCUGCGGGCAUCACGCUCAUUCCCUUUCGUAUCAAAGACAAUUGGUGUGGACUUCAUCAAUGUGGCGACCAAAGUGAUGGUGGGAGAGCCUUUGGAUGAGUCCAGCCUGCCUUCGCUGGAGAAACCAAUCAUUCCUGUUGACUAUGUAGGAAUUAAGGCGCCUAUGUUCUCCUGGCCACGACUGAGAGAUGCAGAUCCGGUGCUUCGCUGUGAGAUGGCUUCCACUGGAGAAGUAGCUUGCUUUGGACCAAACAUUUAUUCGGCCUUCCUGAAGGCUAUGCUCUCCACAGGCUUUAAGCUGCCACAGAAGGGCAUCUUGAUCGGGAUUCAGCAAUCUUUCAGACCCAAUUUCCUGGCCACUGCACACCAACUGAAAGAGGAAGGCUUCAAGCUCUAUGCUACUGAAGCAACAUCUGCCUGGCUGUGUGCCAAUGAUGUUCCUGCCAUUCCUGUGGCCUGGCCCACUGAUAAAGAUCAAGACACCACCUUGCCCAGUAUUAAAAGAUUGAUUAAUGAGGGCCUUAUCGACCUGGUUGUCAACUUGCCCAAUAACAACACCCGGCACCUUAAAGACAACUUCCUGAUCCGCAGAAUGGCUGUUGAUCAUGGUGUUCCCCUCAUCACGAAUUACCAGGUGGUUAAGUUGUUUGCUGAAGCUAUUCGUCAUGCUGGUGAGCUUGACACCACCAGCCUUUUCCACUAUAGACAGAAAGAACACCAACAGAAAGGAGCCAGUCAGCAGGGCUAAAGAGUCAUUGCCCAUCUGUCCAGCCCCUUUGAUUCCAGUUAUGAAACAAGUAAGAGGUACGAUCUCAGAGGACUUCAAAAUACAAUAAUUACAACAUCAUGAAUGAAAAAUGUGGUAGCAGUCUAUUAAGGCCUUUAAAGUCUGUUACAUAUAUUACAUUCUGCUCAGUGUAUUAACUUUUGACGUUUUACUGUACACUUGUCAAGCUCAGUUGUUAAAAAUAAGUUCAUAUAAACUUUUUAAUCAGGAAAUUUUAAGAUGAGGUAAACAAAAGUUGUUUUUUUUCAUGUCUUUGUAUUCAAGUAUUCACAUCUUUGACUUAAAUGGUGCUUCAAAUUACGACAUCAUAAACGUAUGAUUUGCAUUAUAUUUAAAAGCCCUGUGGAUGUAUCUAUGUGAAAAAAUGUAUUUAGUUUUUCUAGGGAGGUUGUAUGUAUGAGCCACAGCUGUCUUACCGGCAAAGGAAAAGUUGACUGGCAAAUCAAAUUGAUAUUUUUGUUAAAUAGUUUUUUGUUUACAUAUGUUCAAUGUGAAUUGGUGUGCAGUGGAUGUGCAUUAAAUCAGGAUACCUCCCUUCUUAUUCCAGAGUGUAGAUUGUUUGCAGUGUCACUGAUUGCAUCGUAGUUGUGGACGGUAAGAAGACCUUCCACACUAAAUCUGUGAGAAUAACCAGGGAACAGGGGCAUGCUCCAAACCUGAACUGUGGUUUAAAAGAUUAGAACCUAAAGUUCAAAUAUAUAGUAUGUAUAUUAUCAAAAAAGAAUUUGGAGGAGAUCAAUAACAACAACAAUAAUAAUUUAAUAUCUGCAAUGAUUCUGAUACAGAUUCAACACAAUUUAUUGUCUCCAC